AUGAAAAUCUUUCGGUUUUCAGUAACAUCAGCUUUUGCUCUUCUGCUAACUAUUUCCUUGGCAUCCGCUGCUGUUGUGGAACAUACUUUCAAUGUGGGGAACUUUUCUGUUCAGCGUUUGUGCAAACAACAAGCGAUAACUGCAGUCAAUGGAAAGCUACCAGGGCCAACAAUUAAAGUUAGAGAGGGUGACACUCUUGUCGUUCAUGUUUUCAACAAGUCACCCUAUAAUCUAACUAUUCAUUGGCAUGGGAUUUUUCAGCUUUUGAGUGGAUGGUCAGACGGUCCAGAAUAUAUAACUCAAUGUCCUAUACCUUCUGGUAGUAGUUAUACCUAUAAAUUCAAUAUUACAGGACAAGAGGGAACAUUAUGGUGGCACGCUCAUUCAUCUUGGCUACGUGCAACCGUUCAUGGAGCACUAAUCAUUCGCCCUCGACUAGGACAUUCAUAUCCAUUCAUUAAGCCAUACAAGGAAGUCCCCAUAUUGAUUGGGGAGUGGUGGAAUGCUAAUGUUUUGGAUGUUGAGAAUCAAGCACAAGCAACGGGUGCUGCUCCAAAUAAUUCAAAUGCUUUCACAAUCAAUGGCUUGCCUGGUGAUUUCUAUCCAUGCUCUCAAAAUCAGACAUUCAAACUCAACGUGAAGAAAGGAAAGACCUACUUGUUGCGCAUUAUCAAUGUUGCACUCAAUGAGCAACAAUUCUUCAAGAUAGCCAAUCACAAGUUCAAAGUUGUUGCCAUCGAUGCAGGGUAUACCAAACCCUAUGACACAGAUGUUGUUGUCGUAGCACCAGGCCAAACCACCGAUGUCCUCUUGAGAACCAACCAAAAGGAGGGAUCUUAUUACAUGGCUGCAUCUCCAUACCACACCUUAAAUGGAGUAUUCGAUAACACAACCACCAGAGGAGUUGUGGUUUAUCAUGGUGCAUCAUCAGCAACACCCAAAAUGCCAAUCCUACCUGCAUUCAAUGACACACCAACAGCCUUUAAAUUCUAUAGCAAUAUCACAGGGUUGGUUGGUGCCCCCCACUGGGUUCCUGUUCCAUGCGAUGUGGAUGAACACAUGUUCAUCACCGUUGGAGUUAACCUAGAUCAUUGUAACCUUCCAGGUCCAAACAACACAUGUGGUGGACCAAAUGGAUUGAGGUUUUCAGCAAGCAUGAAUAAUGAAUCCUUUGUGCUUCCUAGAGGUAGAGGAUUCUCUAUAUUGGAAGCAUUCUUCCGCAACAAAAAUGGGGUGUACACCAAAGAUUUUCCAAAUAAGCCUCCAAUUGUGUUUGACUAUACCAACCCUGCUAUUAACAAUUUAAACCCUUCCCUCGCAUUUGCACCUAAAUCAACAAAGGUGAAGACAUUGAAGUUCAAUUCAACAGUGGAGAUUGUGCUUCAGAAUACAGCUAUCCUUGCUGUGGAGAGCCAUCCUAUGCACAUUCAUGGCUUCAAUUUCCAUGUUUUGGCUCAAGGGUUUGGGAACUACAAUUCCACUAGAGACAAACCAAAGUUCAACCUUGUUAAUCCUCAAAUGCGUAACACAAUUGCUGUGCCAGUUGGAGGAUGGGCUGUUAUCAGAUUCAAAGCAAAUAAUCCAGGUGUGUGGUUUAUGCAUUGUCAUUUGGAUGUUCAUUUGCCAUGGGGAUUUGCCAUGGCUUUUGAGGUUAAGAACGGACCUACUGCGUCAUCAACGCUUCCCCCGCCACCAGCUGAUUUUCCCAAGUGCUAA